CUAUUUAACCCCGUUGUAGUCCCAUCUAUUCUCUUCCCCCCCCUUUCCUUUCUCUCUCAAUCUUUCCAGCUUUUUAUUUACCAAACACACUUCCCCUUUCACACCCAACUCUCUCUUCUCUUCUUGUCUUCUCUUCUUCUCUUCUCAACUCCAACCCAACCCACUUCAUUAAUCACUCCAAUUACGCCCACUUGUCCCACUUUGCCACAUUGCUACUACUCCUUUAAAUCCUCUCCCUGUUUCCUAAUGUAAUUCCCAAAUCACAAUCAUUUUGCUUCAGGUUCCAGUGACAUAUAAAGCUUAACCGCCUCCAAAUUCAGUUCUUUCCGUGCCUCCCACUGCCACCACCACCCUUGAUCUGCAUAUGGAAAACCAGUUCUUUCUAAAUGCUGGGGUGUCACCAACACCACACCCCCUUCACUUUGAGCCUUCACCACCUCCUUCUUCAAUGCCCUCUUGGCAAUCACUCACACCAACCAUGGGAAUUCAACCAACAGUUCUGAAUUGUGCCUCUGAGCAAACCCAAGAUUGCUUUUACAGCCCCAAUUGGGACAAGUCAACAGAUCAUGACCAUCGUCAUCACUUUGAUUCCUCAGCACUCAGUUCAAUGGCCUCAUCUCCUGCAGCAGCAGCAACAUCCAACCCUAACAUGUCCAAUGAGAAUUUCAUCAUCAGGGAAUUGGUGGGGAAAUUGGGAGCUAUUGGAAGCUCUGAUGAGAUCCCACAACACUCCCCUCACCCUUUGGUUGUGGCAUCUUCUUACAUGAAUAAUGGAAAUAGCAGCACCAACACUUCAUGCUACACCACUCCUUUGAGUUCCCCACCAAAGGGGAACAUUGUCCACAGUUUGGUGAAUGAGAAGUUGGCAAAUUUGGGAGGCAAGUCAAUGGCUUUGAAUUCCAGUGUAGCCGAAUUCUCAGCUGAUCCUGGCUUUGCUGAGAGGGCUGCAAAGUUUUCUUGCUUUGGCAGCAGGAGUUUCAAUGAUAGGAGUGCCCAAUUCGGGGUGAACAAUGGUGAAUUGGCUCAGAGAUCUGCACCAGUAAUGGAACACGGCAAGUUACCAAGAGUCUCAAGUAGUCCAUUGCUGAAAACACUUGGAUCUCAAAUUGGUACCCCGGAGAACAAGAAUUCUGCAUUUCAGGAGCAGGACAAAAUGGAAGUGACCAAUUCUCAAGAGGAAUCUACAAUUUCUGAGCAAACCCCAAAUGGAGAAACUGGGGGGAAAACUUCUCAAGAUAUGAAUUCCAGGAAAAGAAAAGCUUCUUCCAAAGGAAAAGCCAAAGAAACUUCAAACUCUACUAAUCCCACUAAGGGUGUUGAAGCUAGUGAUGAUUCAAAUUCAAAGCGCUGCAAGACAAAUGAGGGUGAAGGAAAUGAAAACGGGACAGUGAAAGUUGAGGAAGAGUCUAGAGCAGUGGAUGAGAAACAAAAGAAAAGUAACUCAAAACCUCCUGAGCCUCCAAAAGAUUACAUUCAUGUAAGAGCAAGAAGAGGCCAAGCCACUGACAGCCAUAGUCUUGCAGAACGUGUACGGAGAGAGAAAAUCAGUGAGAGGAUGAAGCUGCUCCAAGAUCUUGUACCAGGUUGCAACAAGGUCACUGGCAAGGCACUUAUGCUAGAUGAAAUUAUAAAUUAUGUUCAGUCAUUGCAACGACAAGUUGAGUUCCUGUCUAUGAAGUUGGCUUCUGUUAACACAAGGAUGGAUCUUAGUAUUGAGAGUCUUACUUCAAAAGAUGUAUUUCAAUCAAAUAAUUCUUUGGCAACACACCCAAAUCCAAUAUUCCCAUUAGAUUCCUCAGCACAAGCCUUUUAUGGACACCAGCCUCAGCAAAAUCCAUUUAUCCAUAAUAACACACCUAACAGAACGGUGUCCCACUGCUCAGUGGACCCAUUAGAUACUUCUUUGUGCCAAAAUCUUGGCAUGCUGUUACCUCCCCUAAAUGGGUUUAAUGAAGGUGGCUCUCAGUUUCCAUUAACAUUCUGUGAAGAUGACCUCCACACAAUUGUUCAGAUGGGGUUUGGCCAAACUGCUAACAGGAAAACAUCAAUACAAUCCCCGAGUUUCAACGGUUCAAAUAAUGCACCACAGAUGAAAGUUGAGCUUUGAUCAGUGAGGACUCACCUUUCAUUACGCCUGAAUUGAAGCCCAGAAGAUUAGGAAGACUGCUGUAUACAACAACAAAAGAUUUAAUUCAACAACCCAUGAAUUAUUAUUAAGCCAUUAUUACUAGAUCUAUUCAAUAGAACCCUUUUUUGUCUUUUUAUUUUCUCAAAUUUUUACCCACCCUUCUUCCUUUCUAUGAUUUCAGUUUCUUGUCUUCUGGGGCAGGUCUUUCUCAAUUUUUUACAUACAAUUUAUUCACUGUAAAAUCUUAGGACCGAUUCUGUAUUCCAUGGUGCAAAUUCUUAUUACUAUUGUGGCACCAACUGUAAGAUAUAUCGCUAAUUAAACAAAGAUUUUCUACCAGC